UGUGGUCCUUCCGCCAACAGACGUCACUGUCUGACUCUUGCUUCUGCGUGUUAUUUUUCACGCAUGCGCAGACGAGGAGAAACUGUCAUGGCGGCGGCAGAGAAACCGACGAAAGAGAAGCUUUUAUCCACUCUGGAUGAUAUUGAAGUCUUAUCAAGAGAGCUGAUAGAGAUGCUGGCGCUGUCCAGGACACAGAAACUGCCCCAGCCUGGAGAGGACACCGAUAUACUGGAGCUGUUAGUGCAGAGAGAUAAAGAGUUCCAGGAGCUGAUGCAGACGGCGGUGGAGCAGGGCAAAGUGCACCAGGAGAUGCAGGCUCUGGAGAAGGAGGUCGAGAAGAGAGACAGCGAUAUCCAGCAGCUCCAGAAACAACUCAAAGAGGCUGAGCAUAUACUGGCCACUGCUGUCUACCAAGCCAAAGAAAAGCUGAAGUCUAUCGAAAAGGCCAGACAUGGGAGUAUCUCUUCAGAGGAGAUCAUCAAAUACGCUCACAGGAUCAGUGCCAGUAACGCAGUGUGUGCUCCUCUCAACUGGGUUCCAGGUGACCCCCGCAGGCCGUACCCCACGGAUCUGGAGAUGCGCAGUGGAAUACUGGGUAACAUGAGCAACAUGCCCACCAACGGAGUGAACGGGCACCUGCCAGGAGACGCACUGGCUGCUGGGAGAUUGCCAGAUAUUCUAACUCCACAAUAUCCUUGGCAGUCCGCUGAUGUUUCCAUGGGGAUUCUGCCUCCUCACCAUGGCAACGAUUUUGGCCUGGAGCCACCUGGUCAUAACAAGGAAAAUGAAGAUGAUGUUGAGGCCAUGUCAACAGAUUCCUCCAGCAGCAGCAGUGACUCAGACUGAGUGUGUGUGUGUGUGUGUCCCCAUAGUAAAGAAAGUGUGUUGUCUGCAUCUAGUUUCUGUGAUUAUAGAUCCAGAUGGCAACAUCUACUGCUUUCAUGAGGACCGAACCUACAUCGGUCCUCUUUUCAGCAAAGCCUCAUUUGCUUAUUUUUUUCAUUCUUCAGAUGCCUUGCGGUCAUCAUUUGUGUAUAAUUUUAUCCCACUGGUCUCAAAUGUCACCAGUGUGUCGUUUUCAAUGUGUGCAGAGUGACAGGCUCAUUUGCAUUUAUUUGUAAUGUAGUGAAGCAUUUCUGGUUUACAGUUGGAAUAUAAAUAGCAAUGUAAAUACCUCUGAACUUUCAGAGUCUGUAAAUAAAACUUUAAAAAAAAAAAAAA